AUGGCUGCCCGCAUUCAGGGCUAUGAGUGGCAGACCCAUCGAAAUUGGGAGUGGGAUCGGGGCUUGGCGUACUCCUGGGUGCUUGGCUGCCACACCGAGCGCAAGCUGCUCAACUUCCGGCCACACAACAUCUCGCUCGUCGGUCUUGGCACAAACCUCUGCGCCGUGCUCGCCGUCUGGAACUCGAUGCCCGCUGCGGUGUUCAGCGGCAUCAUCUGGUGCUUCCUCGACUAUCACGUCGAGUGCAAGCUGUCCAUGGUUGGCUUCUGCUCGGGCACCAUCACCGACCUUGUUGCUGCCACGCCGAUGUCCGGCUAUGUUCCCCUCUGGGCCUCCGUCAUCACAGGGACGAUCGUCGUCAAGUUCUACCUCCACAUCGAUGACGCACUCGACCUUGGCGUGGAGCAUGCAAUGGGCGGCAUCAUCGGCCUGCUCCUCAACGGCCUCUUCGCGGACAAGAACCUCGUCGCGCUCGACAGCAUCAGCGCUGUGCCCAGUGGCUGGCUCAACCACCACUACCGCUAG